GGUCAGUCCAAGCAGCGACAGACAGCCGAGGAGGACGCUUCAACAUGGCUACCAGGUGGGGGAUCUGCAGCGCUGGAAAAAUCAGCCAUGAUUUCACUGUGGCUCUGAAAACUCUUCCAGCCGAAGACCACCAGGUUGUGGCUGUUGCAGCUCGGAAGUUGGAGGAUGCUCAGGGGUUUGCCAGCAAACACAGCAUCCCUAAAGCAUAUGGCAGCUACGAGGAGCUGGCCAGAGAUCCAGACAUAGACGUAGUGUACAUCGGCGUUAUCCACCCGUACCACCUGAAGACUAGUCUGCUCUUUACCAAUGCCAAGAAGAACGUGCUGUGUGAGAAGCCUCUGGCCAUGAACACCAGGGAGGUGAAAGAGAUCCUGGAAGCUGCCAAGAGGAACAACGUCUUCUUCAUGGAGGCGGUCUGGACCCGCUUUUUCCCGGUCUCUGUGGAGAUCAGAAGGCUGCUCGAUCAGGGGGAGCUGGGCGACGUGAAGAUGGUCAGGUCUGAGUUUGGCGUACCGCUGAUGCAUGUGCCUAGAGCCACCACGAAGGAGCUCGGCGGAGGAGCGUUGCUGGAUCUUGGCAUCUACUGCCUGCAGUUCAUCUGCAUGGUGUACAACGGAGAGAAGCCAGAGAGCGUCCAAGCUGCAGGUGUCUGCCUGGAGACAGGAGUGGAUGAGACUGUGGUGGUCUCUCUGAAGUUUUCCAAGAACAGAAUGGCCACGUUCACUUGCUCCAACGGAGUGCAGCUGUCCAACGAGGCUGUUAUUGCAGGAACAAAGGGCACAGUCCGGGUCCCUUCUCCAAUGUGGUGCCCCACAUCAGUGGUAGUGAACGGGAAGGAGACCCAGUUCCCCGUGCCAGAACCCUGUUUGCCUCUGAACUUCCUUCAGGGCACAGGGAUGCGUUAUGAAGCAGAGGAGGUGCGACAGUGUCUGCUCAAAGGGCUGAAGGAGAGCGCAGUCAUGUCGCACGCUGACUCUCUUCUCCUGGCAGAGUUGGAGGAUGAGAUCCGCAGGCAGGUGGGGGUGGUGUACAGCCAGGACCUUCAGUAAAAGUUCAACACGCAGACACAAAGUGGACGUAAAGAGAACUACUUUACUACAAUCACUAGUUUAUUGUUAUAAUCCUGAUAUACUUGGUAAUGGGUCUGAAAUGUUUUUUUAUAGAGAACAUCAAUCGUUUUACAAUUGCUGUCGGAUUUAUAAAGCUGGCGUACGCAUAAUAUGAGUCCAGAAACUUGCGUACGCCACUUUUUACGCCAAGGUUGUGAUUUAUAAAAUCCAAACUUGACGUGAAAAUGUGCGGUGCCUCACGCCAGCUCUGACCCAUGCGUACGCUCAUUUUGGAGACGUGAAACUGCGACACAGAUGGUGACGUGAAGAAUUAGAGCCACACAUAUGAUCACUGUCAGAGAUUUAAUUUCUCUUCAUAAUCAAACUUAGAUUAUUUAUUUAGCUUUCUUAACAGUAAAAUUUAUGCUUCUGCUGCUGAGCCAUGAGGACCUUUGAAAUAAAAAAA